AUGGCUUGCGAGGACAGCACGGCUUCUCAACUUGAGAGGACAGCUCAACUUGAGAGGACAGCUCAUCUAGAGAGGACAGCUCAUCUGGAGAAGACAGCUCAUCUAGAGAGGACAGCUCAACAUCAGAGGACAGCUCAACUUGAAGGAGAGGUCAACUUAAGAGGACAUCUCAACUUGAGAGGACAGCUCAACUUGAGAGGACAGCUUAACUUGAGAGGACAGCUCAACUUCAGAGGACAGCUCAACUUCAGAGGACAGCUCAAGUUGAGAGGACAGCUCAACCAGAGAAGACAGCGCAACUUGAGAGGUCAGCUCAAGUUGAGAGGACAGCUCAAGUUGAGAGGACAGCUCAACUUGAGAGGACAGCUCAACUUGAGAGGACAGCUCAAGUUGAGAGGACAGCUCAACUUGAGAGGACAGCUCAACUUGAGAAGACAGCUCAACUUGAGAGGACGGCACAACAUGAAAGGACAGCACAACUUGAGAGGACAGCUCAACUUGACAGGACAGCUCAACUUGAGAGGACAGCUCAGCCUGAGAGGACAGCUUAACUUGAGAGGACAGCUCAACUUGAGAGGACAGCACUACUUGAGAGGAAAGCACAACUUGCGAGGACAGCAAAGCUUGUGA